CCGCCACUUCGCUCUGAUGAUGACGAGUGGCGAGCCUCCUUCCCUGCCGAAUCGCCAAUAGUCUCGCCAGCGCCAAAAAUCUUCUAUCCAUUGCCUUGCUGCCGCGGCACUCCCGCCGCCGACCAAUGCCGCCGACCGCCGCGACUCUUCCUCCCCCCACCUCCCACAGCCGCGUCCCCGCCGCAAAGUCCAUCUGGCUAAACCCCAAUCUGCCCAGUUCCCACCCGCUCCACCGCCACAAAUCCGCCGAGCUCCAGCGCCAGCAGAAGCAGCAGCAAGACCACGCCCCCGACAUCCCGGCCCUCGUAGAGGCGCUCUCCGCCGCGCGAGGCGCCCCCGACCUCGCCUCCGCGCUCUCCUCGCACCGCCCCGUCUCCCCGCGCCUCCUCUGCACGCUCCUCUCCCGCCUCCCCGACCCACGGCGCGGCGUCGCCCUGCUCGACCUCCUCGGGCCCGACCUCCCCGCCUCGGCGCUCCUCGUCCCCUACAACCUCCUCCUCCGGGCUGCCUCCCGCGCCGGGCAGCUCCGCCUCGCCUCGGGCCUCCUCCUAGAGAUGCGGCACAGGGGCGUCGCCGCGGACGCCUUCUCCUACUCCACGCUCCUCGCCGCGCUCACCCGCGCGGGCCACCUCGACCACGCGCUCACCUUCCUGCCCCUCAUGGAGGCCGACGCCGUGUCCCCGGACCUCGUGCUCUUCUCCAACCUCAUCCACCUCGCCCUCCGCGGCGGCGACGCGCCCAGGGCGCUCGCGCUCUUCUCCCGCCUCCGGGCCGCCGGGAUAAGGCCCGACCUCAAGGCCUACAACGCCGCCAUCGCCGCCUACUGCAAGUCCGACCUGCUCCGCGACGCCAAGCGGCUGCUGCUCCACGACAUCCCCGCCGACGGCGUCGCCCCCGACGCCGAGUCCUACUCCCCCAUCCUCGCCGCGCUGGCGCGCCGGGGCCGGCACCUCGCGGCCGUCUCGCUCUUCUCGCACAUGCGCGCCGUGGCGCGCGUCAAGCCAGACCUGUCCGUCUUCAACAUCGUGCUCAACGCGUACGGUCAGCUCGACCUCGCCCGCGAGGCCGACCGCCUGUUCUGGUCCAUGCGCCGUACCGGGGUGCCCCCGAGCGUGGUGACCUACAACACCAUGCUCCGCGUGUACGGCGACGCCGGGCUGUUCGGGGAGGCGGUUCACCUGUUUGGACUCAUGUGUAGUAGCGCUUCUGAUGGCAAUGGUAGCAGCGUCAAGCCGAACGUGGUGACCUACAACACCAUUAUUUCCAUCCACGGCAAGUCGCUGGAGGACGAGAAGGCCGGGAGCUUGGUGCGGGACAUGCAGGCCAAUGGCAUCCAGCCCAACGCCGUCACUUACUCCACCAUCUUGUCCAUAUGGGUGAAGGCCGGGAAGCUCGACCGUGCCGCCAAGCUCUUCGAGAAGCUGCUGGAGUCUGGUACGGAGAUCGACCCAGUGCUGUACCAGACGAUGGUCGUCGCGUACGAGCGCGCGGGGCUCGUUUCGCAGGCCAAGCGCUUGCUGCGUGAGCUCAAAGACCCAGCAGAGGGCAUUCCCACGGAGACGGCCAUCAGCAUCUUGGCCAACGCCGGCAGGGUGGAGGAGGCCGCUUGGCUGUUCCGUCGUGCGGUAAACACUGGCGAAGUGAGGGACCCAUCGGUGCACCGAGCAAUGAUGGACUUGUUCGCCAAGAACAGGAGGCACCGGAGUGUGGUGGAGGUGUUCGACGAAAUGAGGAAGCUGGGGCAUUUGCCGGACUCGGAGACGAUUGCCACCGCGAUGAACGCUUACGGCAAGUUGAAGGAGUUCGACAAGGCCGCGAUGCUGUACCGGGCAUCGAGGGAGGAAGGCUGUGUGUUCUCAGACAGGGUACACUUCCAGAUGCUCAGCUUGCUCGGUGCUCAGAAGGACUUCGAGGCACUGGAGUCACUGGUUAGCGAGCUUAGCCAUGACCCAAGCAUCGACAAGAGGGAGCUUUAUCUCGUGGCAGCUGGCGUCUAUGAGAGGGCAUACAAGUUUGAUGAGGCGGCCCAGAUAAUCAGCCAGAUACGAAGUUCCAACGAUUUUCAGGUCCAGAAAUUCAGAUAAGCAGAGUCUCUGACAAUUUUUGUUUUGAGGAAGUCCAGGUUGCUCACAAACACAUGGUUAUGACUUGUAAGUGCUCAUCUUGUGUCAGUAGAAAUCUUUUCUGAGUUACUUAAUGUUCGAAUAUGUUAUCACUAAGCGUGUCUUACAAGGCUUAGGCCUAUGUAAUUAUCAGAUUGUUAGAUUAAUAUAUACAAGACUUUGAUGAAA